AUGGGCAUCCACGCCAUCGCCGACGCCUGCGCCCACCUCCAGAACGCCUCGCGCGCACGGCUCGGCCUCACCUCGAUCCCCAACUCCAAGUACAAUCUCAACUUCGCCAUGGCCCUGCACCGCGCGGGCUUCAUCUCGGGCGUCACGCGCGCGGGCCCCCACCCGCCGCCGCCCCAGGCCCUGACCUCGGCCGAGUCGGAGCCCGUCACCGCCGCCAACGUCGCCACGCGGCGCCUCUGGCUCGGCCUCAAGUACUGGAACAACGAGCCCGUCAUGCGCAACCUCAAGGCCGUCAGCAAGCCGAGCCGGCUCGUCACGCUGAAGCUGCAGGAGCUCGAGCGCGUCGCCAGGGGGUUUCCCGCCGGCUACGUCAAGGGCCUGACGCUCGGGGAGAGCUUGUUUGUCAGCACCGACCGCGGGGUGCUGGAGGUCCGGGAGGCGAUCGAGAAGAAGGCUGGCGGUGUCGUUCUGUGCAGAGUGUCAUGA